AAAGGUUAUCCCGCAGCCAGGACAGCAGUCGCUUCAGCGUCCCUGCGGAAUCAAAUUGAUUUGUGGUUAAGAGGAAGGACGGACUCGCGAACUUAAAACACGUAAGGAGCUCUGAGGAGUUGCUUACAUUCCUCGCCGGUUUCUUCACGAUGUCGGAGAACAGCGAACACUCGCCUGACGACACCGAGACGGAGACAAAGACGAUGGAAGACAUGCCUAACGACUCGUCCAAGAGUGAGGCAAGAUUGAUGAAUCAGACAGACGCGGCUCUACUCGACGACGAAGAGAUGCCGACGUAUAUCAGUGUGUCCAGCUCUAUGAGACCAGAUGAUUCAGACGUUGUUAAUGCGAAACCAUUGAAAAAUGAGACACAGGAGAUGGAAGAGAAUCGUAGUCCAAGUCCUCAUCCUAGUGAAGAUCGGGCACCAAGCAGUGUGUAUGUUUUGUCAUCUGGAGAAGACACCGAUCAACAUCCUUUCAAUGAUGAGGAUGAUGAGGAUGAAUAUGGAGACAGUGAUGAUAUGGAAAAUUUAGAGCUUGACAACGAAUUUGAUUCAGAUCGUGCAAAUAACAUGAAGCAUUUGAUGGAUGACGAAGAUGAUGAUGAUGAAGAUGAUGAAGAUGAGGAAGAUGACGAAGACAGUCCUAGAUAUAUUUACAACGACGAUGAUGGUAUUGAUGAUUAUUAUAAGACAGAUUGUUACGAUAGAAGGUCUGAUAAUUUUAUUUUAAAUAGAAGAUUAAAAAAUCAUGACAAAGAGAAGAGUCUUUCUCUUCAAGAUUUGAAUAUGUAUGAAAAUAAUAUGAAUGCUGAAUAUCUCAAAAGGAGAAACUUGCAUAGCUUAAAGUCGAAUUAUCUAAACGUUCCAGAACAAGCUGUUAUGUAUUCCAUGAUGCAGAGAAAGCAGCCGAUGCCAGGAAAAUAUAUACAAAGCAAAGUCAAACGCUAUAUCAAGGAUAUAAAAGAACAAAAUAGACGAUCCAUGGAAAAACAUGCUAAACAGCAUCAGGAAAAUGUAGUCCAUGAUAAAAAUAGUGAUGUGGAAAAAACAAAGCCUACAGCAAUCAGCAAGACAAUAAAAGAAUAUACUGAAAGAGCAAUUAAGGAAUUGGAAGUGGUAGAAGCAUGCGACAGUAGUAUGGAUAAAGCAGCCUAUAAUGCUACUAAGCCAAUUGUAAUAAAUGGCCAAGAUAAUAAAAACUGUUUAGAAUCGAUACGUGAAGAAUCUGUACAGAAUGAAGCCCAAAUAAAUAUACAUUUUGAGUCAACACAGAAUGAAAAAGAGUGUGUAAGCGCUGAUAAUAAAAUACAAAAACAAAAUGGGACAAUUGAAAUUAAACAAUUAAAAUUCAAUUAUCCUGAUAGAGAAACCCCACAUUUUGAAGAUGCUAUGCAACCGUCCCUCAUUCAAAAUGGUCAUCAGGAAGUGCCAACGUUGCUGUACAAUUUACGUACUUUGAGUUAUGAGGAAUAUAUGCAUGGCGCUUCUGAAUCUAGUCAAAAAACUGAUCUAAAUAAAAAUGCACAGAUUGUUGAGCAAGAACAUACUCAACCUGAAACAUACAAUAAUUCGGAACUAAUGGAUAUAUCCAUGGAUAAUGAAGAUACUUGUCCUCUAAGAAUUGAAAAUAUAAAAAGCAUCAAGACGAUGUCAGAUGAAGUGAAAAAUAACAAUGAACAACAAAUAACUUUUGAGAAAGCAAAUGAAGAAUUUAACAAGACUUUGGAUGCUUCAGAAGUUAUUGCAUUAAAGAAGAAAUUAACGCAAAAGACUCUAAAAUACAAUAGUCUCUUUGAUACAUAUCAAAAACAACUUAUGGAAAAUUUAAAAAUGAAAGAGGAGUUAGACGAGUUGAGAAAAUUGGUAGCAAAAUAUGAAAAAGAAAACAAACCCCCGGAACAAAAGGUCGCGGCAAUUCAGACGGAUGUUAUCGUUGAUUCUAAAUCUAAAGAACACCAAACUCAAGUCGCGCCUACAAAUGAGGAGAAACCUAACAAUAAAUUGUCGGGUAGUAGUGUGGCUUCAACUCUAAGUUCUAUAGAUCAGUGGAGUUCUAGUGCGUGUAAUCUAUCAAUAUCCAUGAAACCACCAGAAGUUGCGAAAGCAUUGCAUUCUGAUGAUAGUGUGAUGCUAUCUGAUGGUACACCGGGGAAAACACGUUCACUGUCGCGUGCAUUCAUUACUUCAUCUCGAAUCUUGCAAACUCUUUCAAAUAUUACACAAGGGAAAACAAAGCCGGAAAGUCCAGUAACACAAAAUUCGAAGAAAAGAUUAAAUGAAAAUAUAGCGAUGGAUGUGCAAAAUGACAGCUAUCAAUGUCAGCCUUCUAGUUCCAAGAAAAGAAAGAUUUCAGAUGUGCUUGGACCGUCUAAUUUUGUACAAUCCCUUAAAUCUUCCCAAACUACUGCAGAAUCACAUUUAAAUGAAACUUCUAAUGCAGAGUCACAAUUUAAGAGAGAUUUAAGUUCUUAUAAUGAUUCGGUAAAUAAAAAUAUAGAUAUUCAGGAAAACUCAGCUAACACUAGUCAAUUAGGAACUGCUACAUCUAUAGAAAGCAAGACAGAAACCGCUGACGAUAAUGUAAAAUGUUUUAUAUAUCGUGAAGACGAAAACAGUAAAGAUCGUAGUUUUCUAAUUCUAGCGGAGGAGCCUGAAAAGGAUAAAGCUAUUAAUGAAAAAGGACGCAUUCGGGAAUGUGGUCCAUAUUUACUUGGUAAUGUAGAAGUAAGAAUGUCUGAGAUAAAUGGAACAAUCAACAUUUGGGGUAAAGAGAUCAGUCAAGAAUCCACUGCUGAGACUGAGAAUGAAACAGAGACUUCUAAAAUGAAAGAUAAAAGUUAUAAUUAUUGGCAAAAGACACCGCAUACCAGAUUCAAUGGCAGUAAUUUAAUAUGUUCAACAAGUAAAAAAUCAAAAAGUCCUCCUAAAUUUGAACUGUCUUCAGUUGCAUCUAAUCUUUCAUGUCUGCAGUCAUCUUCAUUUAAUGUAGGAAAAGCAUCUUGUUCUACAGAUAAAGCACAUGCGGAUAAACUCUGUAGUCCAAAUGCGUGUGUUUCCUCUUGUGAAAACUGUGAUCUCUCAAAACACCGUAAAGAAUGGUUAAAAUACAAACGAAUACAUCCCCAAGAAAAAUUACAUUCCUGCUGUAUUCAUAAUAUAGACGUGUCAGAGCAGAAGUGCAAUUGUUCCUUAGGCAAGGAAAAACAAAGGUUUGAAGAUAGUUUUAACUGCAGUAAAGAAAAAUUAAAUUCCUCGCAGGAACAUCGACGAGCUCCAAGUUUUUCACAAAAUUUAGAGCCUAGCAUGCAUUUAAACUUUGUCUCAGAAGAGAAUGAGUCUAUUUGCAGAAAUUGCUCGACAUGUCAUCAUAUGCAUAACUCAGAUAAUCAUCAAGAAAGUCACAAAUGCUGUAAUAUGUCAAAAGAAACUUGCGAGCCAAUGAAUAUAAAUCGAGAAUGUAACAGAUCGUGUAAUCAUUCCUCUCCUAAUGUACAUGAAGAAGAGCCAUUAAUAAUGCCAAGACGUAAUGAUGAUACAUUAGAAACAAGACGUCGAAGAUCAACUGGAAAAAGAGUACGAGGAAUUUUAAUGGAUUUUUUACGAGGAUGUGGAGAUUGCUAUAAUUCUAAUGUAUCUAAUAAUAGCACAAGCUGUAUACACAAGAAAGAACCAUAUUCAAAUUGUUCUCAAACCAAAAUUUCGCCGUGUGCAUCACCAGAACCAUCAUGUUCAAAUCCGGGACAACCUGCUGGAAGAUGCUGUCAUGCUUACGCACAACGGAUUGAAUCUCAAUUGGAAGAAUUUCGAAUGGAAAUGGAAAGGGUGCGUUCGCGUUCAGAUGCUAUUCUUGAUAUGCUCAAUAUGCUUCAUUCAGUGGAUACAGAUUAAAGAAAUCCAUUUUAAUGUUAAUUAUUCCUUUUCCAUGUACAUAUAUCAUAUUUUUAUUCUUGUUUUUUUUUUUCUUAGCCACUAUGACACUAUCAUAUAUCGCGUUCUAUUUCAUUGCUUAUAAAAAAGGAAUAUAAUCGAUUUGUUAAAUAAAAUAUAUAUAUAUAUAAAUAAUGAAAAAAUAUAUGUUUACAUCAAAUAUAUGCAUAUCUAACAGCGAUAUAUGCCAAUUUUUGUUUAAGUUUCUGAUAAGAUAGUGCUGUGCUCUAUACAUUCAUAUUUUCCAUAUGAAAAAAGAUUUGUGUGAAAUAAAUACGUGAUAAGUACUACAUUAAGCCA